AUGUCUGCCUCUUCGACCGACCACCCCCUCGCCAACGAGACCACAAGGGUCGGCGACCACAGCAACCAGCACUUUGACCUCGAGAAGGGUAACGGUGGCGUAGAAGGUGCAGCACUCGGUCGUCAAUUCUCGGUAAGUCGCGAUUGCUUCCAUUCUUUCCAACUUCAGGACCCCCUGCCAUGUGGGGCAACUCGACCCCGAGCGCUUCCCCACAUCGUCCCGGAGGGGCGUCACCGUUGCCUGCACGCGCCCCGCCUUCAGAUACGGCUUGCAAAAAUGACAACGCCGGCGUUUUCAGAGUAGCGACAGCUAGCUUACUGGUGCUUUGCUACCGUCCUAUGCACGUUGUCCUGCCUCUUGACGCCAUUCCGCAUGGACCCCCCCCCCCCCCCCCUUCGAUGUCACCUGGCCGCGCACGUCGCCUCGUCCAUCGACAUACAUACCCCUGCCCGCUCAUCAUAGGUUCAACUCACCGCUGAGCAAUUCGAGAGGCUUUACCUUCAACCGGGAGGUGUCGCCGCCAAGGGAGACCUUGCCAAGUACGUAUGUUCCUUGUCUGUGUAACGAGCGAUGUGGCAAAGAGCCACUUUUGCCUCAAAAAGUCUGGCAGCUGACCCGGGCUCUCUCACCCCUUAGACGAUUCGCGAACCCCACUCCUCUUGGUGUCGCGUCAUUCCUCUUGUGCCUGACUCCUUUUGCCACUGAGUUGAUGGGAUGGAGUGGCUCGACCACCGACAGUGCAGUCGUUGCUGGUACGUACGAUCGCGCGGCGCUCCUCCGGGCGAAAAAGCCCUGAGCCUGACCGGUUCCUUUGCACCAUCUGCCUUAACAGUCGGCGCCUUCUACUAUGUCGGUACGUGAACGCGGUCGUUUCUUUCUACUGCUUGUUACUUGUUGCUUAUCCAUCGUCUGCACUCCAUAGGUGGUGUGGGCCUCUACCUUUCCGGCCUUCUCGAAUGGAUCAUCGGAAAGUUAGUCAGCGCCAGCGCACACGCGCCUUGUCUGUCGUAAAUGGUCCACUGACCUUUUGCUGCUCCCGAAAACAGCACUUUCCCCGCCACAGUGUUCAUGACCUUUGGUGGAUACUGGCUCGCGUUCGCUUUCCUCUACCAGGUAAGCCGCCGCGCCUCCGACCAUCGAGGCCGCAUGAAGUUUGAACUGAUCUGGGCAUCUGACUGGCGUCUUCUGUUGCUUAGCCCUCGCAAGGCAUCGCUGCUGCUCUCGGAGGCUCGACGACGGCCGACUACAACAAAGGCACAGCGUUGUAUCUGGUUUGGUGGGCAGUGUUGGUUCUGAGUGAGCUCAAAUGUCAUCCCAUACGCUCCGCGUAGAUCCAGUUCUGACGAGGACUACUUCUGUACGCAGUCUACCUGAUCGCCAGUCUGCGCACCAACGUCGUCUUUGCUCUCCUCUUUACGUUCCUCGACAUUACGUUCUGGAUCUUCGUGGCUGUCUGUGAGUUUUUGGUGUUCCCGGAUGUGAAAAUACUCGCAGAGACCUUGUUUGGGCACCAGUACUCACCAACUUGCUUCACGCGGGAUGUGCAGAUGUCCAACUCGGCUACGGCCAUGUGACUCACGUGCCGAUGGAGCUCAAGGCGGCGGGAGCCUUUGCAUUCCUGACAAGUGCAUGCGGGUCAGUAACUGAACCUGACACUCGUCAGAAUUCCUCUCGCUAUAAGCUGACCUCGCAAACCUCUUUGUCUGUGUGCGUACAGAUGGUACCUCCUCGUGGUCCUGAUCUUCGGCUCCACUGGUAUUCCCAUCGCCUUGCCCGUCGGAGAUCUCUCGAACUUCAUGUCCGUUCGCCGCAAGGCGGAGUAG